ACAUAUCUGAUCCAUUGACAAGACCACAUACAAUCUGCCUCCAAAGAUGUGCUCCACAAACCCAGGCAACUGGGUCACAUUUGAUGAUGAUACUGCUUUACAGUCUUCUCAAAAGUCAAAGAAUUUUCCUCUGGAGAAUCAAGGCAUCUGUAGACCUAAAGGACUUAAGCUGAACCUUUCUGGCUUCAGGGAAUUUUCUAGUGGCUCUUCCUCCACCGGAAGCACUCCUCUCCCUUCUCCCAUCAUAGACUUUUACCUCAGUCCAGGACCUCCAAGUAACUCCCCUCUUUCUACACCUAUCAAAGACUCUCCAGGUUUUCCUGGAAUCCCCAAAGCAGGGAUUCAUGCGCUUUAUCCUCAUCCAGAAUUAUCUUCAAACAGUCAACUUACAACACAAGGACCAGGUUCCUCUUUAUUACCUUCUAAACCAGCCUGUUUAUCCUGUGCUUCCUUGCCCAGUGACCACUUGUGUGCACGUCCAGCCCCCAAAAUGGGUCUUCCGGAAGAAACUAGCCCUCACCAGGCUGAAAGCCUGCAAUUCGAAAAUAACACUUCACAGUUUCAGUAUUUUCAGGAUGACUGUGCCUUUUCAAGUCCAUUUUGGAAAGAUGAAGGCAGUACAUCUGAGUUGACCUUUGACCCCCCAGGAAGUAGAAAGGCAUUUCCAUCCAGAGACAAGGAAAUGCCCAUUGAUCAAAAAAGCCUAAAUCUGUGUUCACUCAAUUAUAUCUGUGAGAAGCUUGAACACCUCCAAUCAGCUGAGAAUCAAGACUCAUUUGGAAAUUUGUCUAUGCAGUGUCUACAUGGCAAAGACACUGCCUCUUCCUUUGUUCCCCAUACACUCUUCAGGAAUCAGCCAAAAGCUGGGUGGUCCUUCAUGCUGAGAAUUCCUGAGAAGAAGAACAUGAUGUCAUCCCGGCAGUGGGGACCAAUCUUUCUGAAAGUCUUACCUGGAGGAAUUUUGCAAAUGUAUUAUGAGAAGGGAUUAGAGAAACCAUUUAAAGAGUUACAACUUGAUCCACAUUGCAGGCUUUCUGAACCCAAAGUUGAGAACUUUAGUGUGACGGGGAAAAUCCAUACUGUGAAGAUUGAGCAUGUGUCUUACACAGAAAAAAGGAAGUACCAUUCCAAGACAGAAGUAGUACAUGAACCAGAUGUAGAACAGAUGCUGAAGUUGGGGUCCACAGAGUACCAUGACUUCCUUGACUUUCUGACUUCUGUGGAUGAGGAGCUAAUGAAACUGCCAGCUGUUUCAAAACCAAAAAGAAACUAUGAGGAACAAGAAAUUUCUCUGGAAAUUACAGACAACUUUUGGGGUAAAGUCACUAAAGAAGGAAAAUUGGUUGAAAGUGCGGUGAUAACUCAAAUCUGUUGCCUCUGCUUUGUGAAUGGGAAUACUGAAUGCUUUUUAACCUUGAACGACCUUGAGCUGCAGAAGCGAGAUGACCGCUAUUUUGAAAAGGAUCCAGGAAAGAAGGGGAUUGAUAUCCUUGACUAUUACUUUCAUAAAUGUGUGAAAGCACAAGAGUUUGAGCAAUCAAGAAUCAUUAAGUUUGUACCUCUAGAUGCCUGCCGGUUUGAGCUGAUGCGUUUCAAGACCUUGUAUCCUGGGGAAGAGCUUCCCUUUUCUGUGAAGUCUGUAGUGGUUGUCCAGGGAGCAUAUGUGGAGCUCCAGUCCUUUGUCAACAUGGCCCCAUUGGCUCAGAGACCAUCCCAAGCUGGUUCCUUGAGGUCCUGUGACAACAUAAUGAUACACUUUCCUGUCCCAUCACAGUGGAUCAAAACCCUGUGGACCAUGAACCUCCAGAGGCAGAAGUCUCUGAAAGCCAAAAUGAACCGCCGGGCAUGUCUAGGGAGUUUACAGGAACCUGAGGCAGAACCUGUCAUACAGGUCACUGUUGGGUCAGCAAAAUAUGAGAGUGCCUACCGGGCUGUGGUGUGGAAGAUAGACCGGCUUCCUGACAAAAAUUCAAGUAAAUAUUCACCUAAACUCUACAGAUCUGUAAUUGAAGAUGUAAUUGAAAGAGUGCGGAGUCUAUUUGCUGAAGAAGGUGUAGAGGAACAAGUCUUAAAAGACUUGAAACAGCUCUGGGAAACCAAGGUUUUACAGUCCAGAGCCACAGAAGACUUCUUCAGAAAUAGCGUCCAUUCACCUCUCUUCACUCUUCAGUUGCCGCACGGCUUGCAUCAAACAUCGCAAACGUCAACAGCAUCUUUAGUUAUUCCUUCUGGUAGAACUAUUCCCGGUUUUACCACAGCAGAACUGGGCACCUCAAACUCCAGUGCAAAUUUUACUUUUCCUUCCAGUAUUGGCUAUCCUGUUCAUGUACCAGCAGGUGUGACACUACAGACUGCAUCUGGUCACCUUUAUAAAGUCAAUGUACCAGUUAUAGUAACACAGACUCCUGCAAGAGCAAGUAUUCUUCAGCAUCCGAUUCAGCAAAUAUUUCAGCAGCUUGGGCAGCCUUCAGUAAUGCAGACCACUAUUCCACAAUUGAGCCCAUCUUCUCUUCAAGCAACUACUGAGAAGUCACAGAGACUGGAAACUGUGUUCCAACAACCCACAAUUCUACAUUCUGGGAUAGUGGAUAGAAAACACGUAGAAAAUGUCAUCACUGACAUAUUUGUACCUCCUGGAAAUGAGCAUAAAAUCAUGUGUGAAGCUUUGUUGAAUCAGCAGGAAAGCCCUCAGUAUAUCAGUCUUCCAGGUGUUGUCUUUGCUCCACAAGUCUCUCAGAUAGAUUCCAGUGUGGAACCAGUGCUCAGUGUUUCGGCUAGCAUGACUCAAAAUCUGCAUGGUGGACCCUUUUCCACAGGCCCUCAGGAGGCUCUGCACCAGCACGUGCCUGAUGUUCAGCUUCAUGUUGUUAAAAAUAGGAUGUAUGGAUGUGCUUCUGUAAAGCAACCAAGAAAUAUAGAGGAGCCCAGCGGCUUACCUGUCUCAGAGAAGGAUUCUCAUUCUCAGGUGGAUUUAAAUAUUCCAGCCACUGAUGGUGAUUUUAAUGAAAUAAUCCAAAUAGAUGGAACUGGAGAUACAUCUUCCAAUGAAGAAAUAGGAAGUACAAGAGAUAUAGAUGAGAAUGAAUUUCUAGGGAUUAUUGAUGCGGAAGAUCUGAAGUUACUUGAAGAAGAAGGUGACAGUAUAUCAAAUGAUUCUACUGUUAACAGCAGUGAUAAUGAAGAACCUCAAAGAGAUACUGUAGAAGAGGACCCUUUAAAUUCUGGAGAUGAUGUUAGUGAGCAGGAUGUGCCAGACCUCUUUGACACGGAUAAUGUAAUUGUCUGUCAGUAUGACAAGAUUCAUCGAAACAAGAACAAAUGGAAAUUCUAUUUGAAAGAUGGUGUUAUGUGUUUUGGAGGCAAAGACUAUGUAUUUGCAAAAGCUAUUGGUGAUGCAGAGUGGUAAAUCUUGAAUCAAUACAUCAACUUUGUAAAUUAGUGAUAGUAUAUCACAUGUUGUAAAACCUAUUUUCAUUUUAAAUAUAGUCAAGUACAGAACUGCUCAAAUUUUUCAUUCACUGUAUGGAAUUGAUUAAAGUUAUAAUUCAGAUGCAGAUACAA